UCAGAGCCGUGCAGCGAUCGCUGCGACCCCCGCGGGGCGCCGGGCACGUUGGAGGGACAGAAAGACCAGGGGCGCUGACAGCCGCCAUGCCCAGCUCGGUGCUGUGGGCGGUAGACCUGUUUGGGCACGUACACACGCUGUCCACGGCCGGUCAGUACUGGGAGCUCUGCAAGGACACACAGCUGGAGUUCAAGCGGGUCAGCGCCACUGCGCAGUGCUGCUGGGGCAUCGCCUGCGACAACCAGGUCUACGUGUACGUGUGUGCCAGCGACGUCCUCAUCCGGUGCCGGGAGGAGGCCUAUGAGAACCAGCGCUGGAACCCGGUGGGUGGCUUCUGUGAGAAGCUGCUGCCCAGCGACCGCUGGGGGUGGAGUGACGUGAGUGGCCUCCAGCCCCGGCCGCUGGACGGGGUGGCGCUGCCCUCGCCACACUGGGAGUGGGAGUCGGACUGGUACGUGGAUGAGAAUUUUGGCGGGGAACCCACCGAGAAAGGGGGCUGGACCUAUGCCAUCGACUUCCCGGCCACCUAUACCAGGGACCAGAAGUGGAAUUCCUGCGUGAGGCGGCGGCGCUGGAUCCGCUACCGGAAGUACAAGUCCCGAGACACCUGGGCCAAGAUCCCUUCCAUGGAUGACGACCCCCAGCAGCUGGAGGACCCCUUCAACGACCUCUCGGUGGGAGGGUGGGAGGUCACAGACGAGCCUGUGGGUCACCUGUCAGUGUGGGCUGUGUCCCUGCAGGGAAAGGUAUGGUACAGAGAAGGCGUCAGCCACUGCAGCCCCGAAGGCUCCUCAUGGUCCCUGGUGGACACCCCAGGGGAGGUGGCACAGGUCAGCUGCGGGCCCCAUGACCUCCUGUGGGCCACACUCUGGGAGGGGCAGGCCUUGGUCCGUGAAGGCGUGAGCAGGAACAAUCCCAAAGGGAGCUCCUGGUCUGUGGUGGAACCGCCCACCACCGAGAAUGGGAUCAUGCACGUGUCUGUCGGUGUCUGCGUGGUCUGGGCUGUCACCAAGGACCGCAAGGUUUGGUUUCGAAGAGGCGUCAACUCCCACAAUCCCUGUGGCACAAGCUGGGUGGCAAUGGUCGGGGAGAUGCUGAUGGUUGGUGUCGGGCUUCAUGACCAGGUCUGGGGCAUCGGCGGGGAGGACCGCGCCAUCUACUUCCGGCAGGGCGUCACCCCAAGUGAGCUGAGUGGCAAGAUGUGGAAGGUCAUCAUGGCCGGCCGGGACUGUGACCGUUCCCACUCAGGGAGCUCCUCCAGCCUGCUCAGUGCUGGAUGCUUCUUCGGUGACGAGGUGAGGGGCAGUGGCGAGUCCUGCAUGCCGAGUGACGCAGAGGCUGAGCAAACUGGGUCUGAGCAGCCCGUCCCAGCAGAGUUGGUGGAUGGCCCCAGGAACCCGGAGUGCGACGAGGCCCCUGCACCAGCCCCCCAGGCCUUGGGGCCCGAGCUGCACCCUGACCCAGCUGAGCUGCCCUGGACCAACAUUGACCUGAAGGAGGCCCCGCGGGUGCCUGGCCCCACACUGGCACUGGAGGAGCCCUACGCCGCCGCUGCCGACCACCUGCUGUGGGCCUGGGUAUCAGGAGGGGCCUGCGUUGUGGAAUCCCACGCCGCACUCAAGUGGUUCACAAUCCCCUCGGGCCUGUCCUCGUCUAUGCAGUCGCUGUCCCUGUCCAUCACACCCGCCCAGACCGCUGCCUGGCGCAAGCAGAUCUUCCAGCAGCUCACAGAGAGGACCAAGCGGGAGCUGGAGAACUUCCGCCACUACGAACAGGCCGUGGAGCAGUCGGUGUGGGUGAAGACGGGGACCCUGCAGUGGUGGUGCAACUGGAAACCCCACAAGUGGGUGGACGUACGCGUGGCGCUGGAGCAGUUCACGGGGCUCGACGGCGCCCGGGACAGCAUCCUCUUUGUCUACUACAUGGUGCACGAGGAGAAGAAGUACAUCCACCUGUUCCUCAACGAGGUGACGGCACUGGUGCCGGUGCUCAAUGAGACCAAACACUCCUUCGCGCUCUACACCCCGGAGAGGACACACCAGAGAUGGCCCGUGCGGCUGGCAGCUGCCACUGAGCAGGAUAUGAAUGACUGGCUCGCCCUGCUCAGCCAGUCCUGCUGCGAGAGCCGAAGGCUGCAUGGCCGCCCGUCCCCGCAGGCCAUCUGGUCUGUCACCUGCAAGGGGGACAUCUUUGUGAGCGAGCCAGGCCUGCACCUGGAGGACGCUGAGCACCCGCUGCCCUGUGACCAGAUGUUCUGGCGGCAGAUGGGGGGCCACCUGCGGGCUGUGGAGGCCAACGGCCGAGGCGUGGUAUGGGGCAUCGGGUACGACCACACGGCUUGGGUCUACACUGGCGGCUAUGGCGGGGGCUGCUUCUCAGGACUGGCCUCGAGUAACGUCUACCCGCAGUCAGACGUGAAGUGUGUCCGCAUCUACGAGAACCAGCGCUGGAACCCCGUCACAGGCUACACUGCCAGGGGUCUGCCCACGGACCGGUACAUGUGGAGCGAUGCCUCUGGCCUUCAGGAGUGCACCAAGGCCGGCACAAAGCCCCCCUCCCUGCAGUGGACCUGGGUUUCAGACUGGUUCGUGGACUUCAGCGUUCCCGAGGGCACGGACCAUGAGGGGUGGCAGUAUGCCAGCGACUUCCCUGCCUCCUACCAUGGGUACAAGACCAUGAAGGACUUUGUCAGGAGAAGGUGCUGGGCCAGGAAGUGCAAGCUGCUGACCAGCGGCCCGUGGCUGGAGGUGGCCCCAGUGGGCCUGGCGGAUGUGUCCAUCAUGCCCGAAGGCCCUGGCACACCGGAGCAUGGCCAGGCCAUUGCACUCUGGGCCAUCAGUGACAAGGGGGACGUGCUGUGUCGCCUGGGUGUGACUGAACUCAACCCCGCUGGCUGCUCCUGGCUGCACGUGGGCACGGACCAGCCCUUCAGCUCCAUAUCCAUUGGCAGCUGCUGUCAGGUGUGGGCUGUGGCCAGGGACGGCUCCGCCUUCUACCGGGGCGCCGUGUCCCCCUCGCAGCCGGCUGGUGACUGCUGGUACCACAUCCCAUCACCCCCCAAGCAAAGGCUGAAGCAAGUGUCUGUGGGGCAGACGUCCGUGUUCGCCUUGGACGAAAAUGGGAAUCUAUGGCAUCGCCGGGGGGUGACGCCCAGCUACCCACAGGGCAGCAGCUGGGCACACGUGUCCAACAACGUGCGCUUGGUGUCUGUGGGGCCCCUGGACCAGGUCUGGGUCAUCGCCGACAAGGUGCAGGGCAGUCACAGCCUCAGCCGGGGCACCGUGUGCCACCGUGUCGGGGUGCGGCCCCCCACGCCCGAGGGCCAGGGCUGGGACUACGGCAUUGGGGGGGGCUGGGACCACAUCUCGGUUCGGGCCAACGCGACCAGGGCCCCUAGAAAUGAGACCCAGGACACAGCCCGGGAGUCAAGCAGGGCGCCCAGCGGGGACCCCAAGGAGGCCGUGGGCCCCGUGUGCUGCUGAGCCACCGUGGAAGGGGCCUAGUGGGAGAAUCAAGGCAUGCUGAGCCACGAGUGGAAAUGUCGUGAGAAGCCCCCGGAUGGAAGGAUCGCGGUGAUGGGAGUCCCCCAUGUGGAAGCAUGGGGCCCGGCCUUGGAACAGAGCCUGGCCCCGAGAACACCAUCCCCUCAGGGACCCUGGCAGAGGGCACCUAGAAAUGUGAAGCUUUGGAGACCGGACAGCGCCCCACGCGCGAGCGUGUGAGGAGGCCUGGGCUGGCGUGGCUCUGCCCCCCCCCCUGCUUUCCAGGACGGGAACCCCUGUGUCCCCGAGCCCCAGGCAUCCACCUGCAACCAGGACCCUGGGGUCAGAGUUGCUGUGCCUGUCCCUUCUCAGAGGCGGGUCCCGGGGUGGAGUUUGGGGGUCACAGAAGGGUGGCAGGUUGGAAGCAAACACUGGAUUGGGGGCUGCACCCCAACCUUGGCCACCCUGUGUCCCGACUUCUGGUCUCGUUUCUGUGGCCCCAGGCUCCCCUGCUUCCUGUGGGUGCUGGUCGCCGGGAAGCUGACCCGGGGUGCUCCUGGGGGUCCCUUCCCUGGCAGCAUCUCCUGGAGAUGGGCACAAGGACAUUGCGGGGCCCACAGCACUGGCACCACCCUGCCCUCUCAGGGCUACAUGUCCUCACUGAGCCUGCUCUUCGCACGCCCAGCCCCCAAGCAUCUGCACAGUCGGAGGCUUUGCAGUAAAGUUGGGGCAAGUGUUUGGAA